GGCAUAAGCUCUUUCAGUCCAUUCUCAUCACUGGAGGGCAUCUCCCUCAAGAUAGAAGGAUGUCAGGUGCGCCUUCCGCUCUUCUCGGAUCGGGUGGUUCCUGAAUCACCUCUCAGCUGCAUACAACCACAAACCCACAUCUCCUGAGCCGUCGAACUUGGGAAACUCUAUCACUGGUGGUUUAGCUCUAAAUAGUAAAUACCAGCUCCUCUUCAGUCUCAUACAGAGGGUUACUGUAUUCAUACCUGCCUGUGUUCGGUGGUGAUGGUCGAUUCAUCGGGCCCUGAUGGUAGUAGUUGCCCGCGGCUCGCUGCUGGGGAGGAUAGGGCCAGUCGUCCGUAACCUCCUGGUGGUUCCAGCUGUACUCAGGCUUGGUCCCCGACCCUUGCCCAAUGUUCCGACAACCUCGACCUCAUCCUCCCACUGCUCGCGAUGUACUCCACGAGGGGUACCCGUGCUCCUGGCCCCUGCCGGGACCCCUCCUCGGCCCGUUCUAGCUGUUGCCCGCCUGUGGAUGACCCGGACCGAUUGGUCACCUAGUAACCGGUCCGGUUCGGCCCGGCUUCGAGCCCAUGACCCAGUCCCAUCUCGCCUCCUCUGGGCUCGGGUCCACCCAGCCCUCUGGAUCCCCAAAGCUCAGCUCAUCCUCCUCCUCUGGCCCGAUUGGCCAUGGUUCUUCUCCGUCGGGCCCAGUCGGCCACGACUCUCCUUCGUACCCCACGAUCUUCUGCUUCCCCCGGGCGUUGUCAUGGGCCGGGUUCGUCAGUGUCGGCAGCAAACCCGAUCCGCUGAAUGCUGGCGCUGGUGCGCUCCUCGCGCCAAAAGUCCCCUGCUCCCCGGCGCGGCACCGCCGAACUCCCCGGUGCACCGCCCGUCGAGACCACGGCCCACGCCGCUCCACCCUUAUCCCCGCCGGCCGAUAGUUUCUCCUCCGCCGUCUCCUCCUCCCGGCGCGCCGCCGCGCGGCGGCUUUGUCUUGCCCGUGGCCAUCACGUCGCCGACCUCAUGGGCCGCCGAUCCCGCCGCGGCUGCUGCUGCCAGCGCCAUCCCCGCCGCGGCUGCUGCUACCGGCACCACCACCAUGGUCGUGCUCGCCGGCGACUCCCGGUUCCUCAGAACUUGGGUUAGUACCUCCUGCAUCGUCGCCGCUAGGGCUCCGCAGAUGUUUUCAGCCACGCUCUUGCCCAUCUCCUCGAUGGAAGCUUUGAUCUGGUCGCCCAUGGAUUCGAUUGCCUCGAUUGAGCCCUUCGAGGCCUCAGCUGCUCUCACAGUAACUUCCGUCAGGCUCUCCAACGAUGUUGUCAUCGCGUCAUACUUGCUUGUUGUCACAUCCUUGAUCGUCACUACAUCCUUGUUCUGGCGCGGCGGCUGUUGUUUGUCCGCAGGGUUUGACAUCUUCAGACUGCAAUAUUUCUCAGAGGAUCGGCAAACCAGCCAGGCUCUGAUACCACUGAAAGAGCCAGGCUCUGAUAAUCCGACUAAUUCCCUAUAACUACCCAAAGACUUAACCUGACCGAUUUAACCCCAAUAAUUCCCGAAAUAACCAACAUAACAUAAAACGUCCAAAUCGAAUUAGAGCCAUUUCAACUUAUUUCUCUUUUGAUGAAUGUAUAACUCAACUAACUUAGAAGUUGAACAUUCUAGUGGUAGUAGAGUUCUUAAUAGAUGGUAAAUUUGUCU